AUGUCAUUCGAAGCGUCUAACAAUGCACUAUCACCGCUUCAAACUGCACCGCCAUGGAGUGUAAUCCUGUUCACUUUCAGCGAUAGAGACACCGAUUCAGAGCUGGUGGUUAUGUGCAACAACAAACGCUUUGUCAUACGUCUCUCAGCCGACACCUUUUCUGAAUCGCCCAAGUUGAAAGAACGUUAUCUCUUCUUCUUGCAAGUUGCCGAAGAGUUCGAACUAGAUGGUGUCACUGUCGAGGACUUUUGGGAUUGGAUUGUCGGCCCUCUGUUCCCCAUUUUCCGGGAACUGCCGACUCCAGACCAAGCGGCACCCCAGACCCUGGACGGCUUUUUCAACCCCGAGACUUUCGUCUAUACGUUUCGAACGGUCUCCGAUGAGCGCAUACCACAGCUAGACAGUGACACCGAAUACCAGCCUCUAUUCGGUAUUUCUGUUCCAGAUGAACUCUGUGCGCCAUGGAAGUCCUUUGAUCCAUCUGAAGUACAGAUUCGUCAGGAGAAUGUGGUCGGCCCGCCUUCUCAUACGCCGCACAAAGUUGUUUUGAAGGACGGGACAAUGGCAUUUCUUAAGCUCGCGCGCCGUGGCGACAAGCAGUUCCUCACAAAUGAGCUGGAUACAUAUGGGAAGAUCGACAGAGCACAACUUGACAACAAGAUGAAGAUUUCACGCCUCCACGGCCUAGUGCGGAAAAGCGAUGGUGUUAUUUACGGUCUUUUACUUACUUAUAUUGACUGUAAGCGUGUGACACUGUCGUGUGCAGUGAAGCCCGGAACCGAAGUUUCACUAAGGGAGAAAUGGGCUGCACAAAUUGAGGAAGCUGUUGGUCAACUACAUUACGCUGGGAUUGCUUGGGGAGAUGCAAAGCCGUACAACAUCCUAAUUGACGUGAAUCAUGAUGCUUGGCUUAUUGAUUUUGGUGGUGGUUACACGGAGGGAUGGGUGCCAAAGAACCUUAGCGGGACAAUCGAAGGUGAUCGCAUUGCUCUGGAGAAGAUACUAGAAUACAUCCGCAACUAG